AGCUAUAGGACUACUACACAGCUAUACGUUGGAGUGUAAUUACAACACGGGGAGGACAGUCAACACCAUCCCUCCUGCCUGCCAUGACAACGGACGAGCCACACCCCCUCCCCCUCCCGCAUUCCCCCCCAAAUAUACCCCCGAGAUAUUCGAACAGGUGGGGCGAGCGGUUGCCAUAGCAGCCCUGGACAUGGCUGACUGCAACCCGUGGCCACGCCUCGUCCUUUCAGAACACAGCAGCUUGACCAACCUCCGCGCCUGGACUCUCAAACACGUCCGCAACAGCAAGGGCCUCAACACACACACACAGCCACGGACACACACUAAUGGGAACAAGGCGUCACCACCCAAGAGCUUCAAUACGACUCUGACCAGUUCUGCAUCAGACACGUCUCUGAGUCAUGUUCGCUGUAACAGGCACAGCAGUAGCAGCCAGACACCGUCUCCUCAGAUACACACCUCGCCGAGCUUCACCUUCGGUUCCGCGCACAACACACACACACAACGCGGGGGGAGCAAGGCGCUCGGACCUGUCAGAGGCUACAGCUGUCCAGACGUGCUGGGGGUGGUGGGGAGGAGAGAGUUCCCUAUCCGGCCGGGACGACCAAACACACAGGCUGCUGGGAAAGAGGGACCUCGAACAUCCUGUCCUCCAUCAAGUACACCAGGUGUGAGCUGCAGCCUCGGGCCAGCCGUAUCCCCAUCAGGAGGGCGGAGUCAACCACAGACACGCCCACUGCUGGCCUUAACCCCGCCUCCUCUGGCAGCUGGGAGGAGUCAACUACCAUGAGGGUCUGGAGACUCCUGAAACCUGGCCUCCGCAGACACCUAGGUGUGCCGGAGAAGGAGAUUCCUUCGUUGCGUCUUGUUUCCAGAGCCCUGCUGAAGAACACGGACAGGAGAUCCCUCUACACACAUUCUAGUACUGAAGACACCACAGAGCCACAA